GCAUCAAUUCCGCGUUGGUUUCUAAGCCACUCCAACAUUGUCUUAUACUUGCUACAUUUGCGUUCUCGUCAUCGUUCCCAUCAUUAGACAAACAUCUGACACCAUGAAGUCGGUAAUCUCGGCUGGCCUUAUUGCCACCCUCCUCUGCUCGACAACUGCUAUCGCGAGUUCGACACCACUCAAGACGGCACGCGGCUCAAACCGCGUCACCUGCUACGUCGAGAUCGACCACACAAAAAUCGAUGGGCAGGACCAUCAUCACCACAAGCGCGGCCACAAGGACAAGCCUGAGAUUUCACGCACCGUCAGCAUCUAUGGCUGGUCAUUCCUCUGGAACUACAUCAUCACGGACGAUUGCCCCAAGAUCACGGCACACCUAUCCUCGCUCAUUCCUUUGCUUGGCCGCGACCACCACGGCGUCAAGUGCCGAGUUGAGAUCGGCUGGAAUCCUGGCAAUGCCGCGCACGAGAAACUGCAUGGUACCGCCCCCGGACACCACGACAGCACCCUGGAGCAAGACAACCAUAGUGCCGGAAACCAGUCAUCGUGGGAUUACGCCGGUCACGGCGAGAUUGACUUUUUGACUCUGCCCGCCAAAAUGGAAUGGCCCUUGAGCGCGAGCUUCGACCGGCCUAACCAGCUGGUCAAGUCGGGCGAAUUGGGCGCGAAGUAUGAGACGACAACAAUUGAUGCGACAAACACGUUCAAGGUGAGUUCCAUCAUGGUGCGUUUCCUCCAACACACGGCUGAUCAUCCGGCACUAGAUUCACGGUGGCCACGGCAACGAUUUCUUCCUGUCCUGGGGUCCUGAUUCGCACAAUGGAAAGCAUGGCUACAGUGAGUACCAGGAGGACGAGGGC